UUCCAAAGAAAGCUCCGGGUCGAGGAGUACUCCUAAGCUGCGGACCUUAUCCCUAAGAGGGAGUGUUGCACCAUUCAGGACCAGGUCAAAUCCACCCUCUCCAAAAUAAAGUAUAACUAAAACAAAUCAACUGGAAAUAUAUGUACAAGUAAAAAUGUGCUUAAGCCAUCUCAGCAGUGUAUAUGCAUAAGGAUAAAAAUAAUAAUCACAGUAACUUUUUAAAAAUUAAGUAGAUUCUGAUUGUGAACAGAUUUACCUUAAAAGUGAGUCUGAUUUUUUUAAAAAAAUAUUUCUAUGAAUACAUAUCCACUUGAGGAUACAUUCCUGAGAGAAGGGCAUCCCUCACCUGCUUCUAGAUGUUUUUAACAAGUAUUCUGGAGGGAUGAAAAGAGCUGGAGGAAUUUCCAUUCUGCAUUUUGCUUUGGAUGUUCUUUUAGUGCAAAUUCACAGAAACCCUUACUGAGGAAACAGUUGGGGCAAAACUCAAAUCACUUAUCUUUAGCUGACAAAUGGGACCUGCAGUAAAAUGAAGCAGCAUAGCCUUACCCCACAACAGGAAUGUUCCUGCUCAGGUUUCCAGUUAGUCAGCUCUGCUGUGCUCUGUGCUGUAAGCUGAAAGGGCUUGAUCAGAGCUGUUCACUCCCCUUCCCACUCUAAGGAAGUCCUUGCAGAUACGUUUUUGUGAGGUGAGGAUUGCCUUCUUUUUUAUUUAUUUGAAAUUUUUUUAUCCAAACCACCAAACUAUUUAUAAUUGUAGGACAAUGUACAAUUUAUGUUCACAACAUAAAUGCAACAAUAAAAUAGAUAAAUCCCACAGUAAUUAGACUAGGCAGAAAUUAGCAUGGUGCUAAAAAGAAUAUAACCUUCAGGCCUGCUGUAAUGACCAGGGGUUUUUCCUUUCUUCCCAGAAUGUUAUCAGCACAGUCCACAGUCCCAAUGGGAGUGUGUUACAAGGAAGAAAACAAAGGAGGAAAAAAAUCAAAAAACAGGGACCUCCUCCACUGAACUCAGCCACCAAAGUCCUGUUAGCUCUCCCUGUUUGCUUGCUCUCUGGGAGCUUGGUUGGUUUUAUACAACAGCCCCUAGACCAGCUGGGGCAGCUUCCUCUGAUCUGCUCACCUAGAAGUCAGGAAUCAGAAUUUGGAAGACCAAAUAAGGGAUGGAUUGGCUCUAUAAAGUAAGCCAAAGCCUUGAAUGUAGAGUAACUAAGCAGGGAUGCCAUGUGUACAACAUUUUGAAGAGCUUUCAUUCAUAGUGUUGCCAUAAAGCAGAGACAACUUGAUGGCAUGUAACAACUAUUAAAAAGUGUGUGUGUAGGGAGGGGUGCACAUAGCUUCAUUCACAGUUUUAUAGCUUCUCAGCUGCAUGCUUUAAUGGGAAGCACAAGUGUACUUUUGCUUAGUUCUCUAGAUUACCAUAGAAAUAAACUAGAAUACCUAUAGUGGCUAAGGUGGGAAAAAUGAGGGGAAAAAUGUAUCCAUGGUUGCAUGUGUAUGGUUCAUACGGCCUCUGCAGGCACAUGAGUGAAGGCACAAAUGCAAUGAAAAUAAACUUAUGCAGGUAGUUCAAGGCAAAAUGGAGGUUGAAGAUGGGCAUCCCACAGCUCUUGAGAAUAAAAGAGACAUUGCUCUUUUUGCAGAAUAAUGACCAGGGCCAGGGUUGGAAAACUUCCACUGGCCAAGAGGCCAAUCCACCUAGACCCACAAGGGGCUGCAUACCUCCCCACCAAAUAGUUGCAGUUGUACUGCCAAAGUUCAGUGGAGGCAAAAAUAAGUACAAGUGACAAUUUCCUUUUAAAGUAAAAUAUCCAGGGCUCACACUUUACUGAGAAAUAAACUGGGAGAACAGUUCUGCAUCCCAAUGAAGUUUGUGUUGUCCAUAUGCAUUUUUAACGGAAAAUCAUGGUAGGGGCAGUGGGGAGAUUUUGCAGCAAUUCAGGAGUAAAGACAGAGCCAACAAAAAUUAUCAGGGCACAUGCAGCCCACUGGCACAUACUCACCAACCUUGGCCUAAUGUUUAUUUCUGUUGUUUCAACCAUCACAUUCAUAUCAAUCAAAUCAAAACAAAACUAAAUAUAAACUAUAAAAACACCAAAAACAGUUGAAAGUUUUAAGCAACAUUAUGUUAUCCCCCAAAAGUUGAGGGAUUACAUAAAGUAUAUCAAAGAUAAAGUUAGAACCAAGAUAAUAUGAUUUAAGCAUGCACUAAAUACACAAAUACAUUAAAAACUUCCAAUUAAGUCCUUACAAUUCAUGAUACAGGCCUCAACAAAACUCCUAGGCACUGCGAAACUAAUGACUUACUGUCACAACAGCGGACAACUACACAUUUUCAAACCCUUGCUACAACCAUGAAGGAUCCAGCUUAAGGAGAAAAGUAUGAAAGACUAAGGAACAGUUUGCAUUUUCAGCAUCUACUUUCACUCUUUCUCUGGAGGGAGGAAUACCAGAAGCUAUACAUUUACAGACUUUCUGUAGCAAUGUUUCUAGUUUCUGAAGCAGCUAAAUGCACCAUGAUUACAAAUCUCAGCUAUAGCAACACUUAGUAACUUGGUGCAGGUUUAGGAGUUUGGGAGCAAGAUGCCCUUAAUGACUGGGUUUGCCUGACACACUGGGCCACGGGGAGUGGUAGCUUAGUGUUGCUUGAACCUCCUGCUUACAGACCAUCCCAACUAGCCUUGGAGUUUAGGAACCCCCCAAUGGCUUAUUGUGCUGUCCAAAGCUGGACAACAUAAGCCAUGGUCAGUCCAAAGGGCUGGAAAGCCUGUAGGCCAGAGUGGCGAAAAAGGCUGCCACUCUGGCUAAGGGGUUCCAGCAGUUUCUCUUUUGCUCCUGCUGAUGCCAGGAGAGAGUGGGAUUGCUUGCAAGCGCCGUUGGGUAGACUGCUUCCAUGGAUGAAGAAAGCAGAAGGAAAAAACCUAAGAGUCCUGUACAAGAUCAUGUUGUGUCCAAGUUUUACUAGACUCCAAGUUUGUCCAUUCGAUUGGGCUUUCAACAUCUUUAAAAAAUGUUCUUUCAGUUGCAAUAUUUGGUUCCCAAGUGACCAGCUCUGUAAACAGAAUGGCAUCUGUGUACAUGUUUAUUGUUGCCAGGGAGUCUUGUGGCUGGCUCAGGCCUUUUCUUAUACAGCACGCACAACUACUGAGCAAGGUAUGCUUUUUUUGCUUCUGAGUUCUGAGACAUAAUAGUUGGAGACAUAAUUUUCCAGUGAAGGUGAGAAUGAUGAACAAUCAAGAUCUGAUCAUUUUGAAUGUUGGAGGAAUGAAAUUCACCACGUGGCCUUCUACACUGCAGCAAUUCCCUGACUCUAGAUUAGCAAGGAUGCUACAUGGCAAUGACCCAGAAUUUAAGUUGGUGAAUGGCCAGUUCUUUGUGGAUCGUGAUGGAGUUCUGUUCAGCUAUAUUCUGGACAUUUUAAGAACACUCCAGCUUUCCCUGCCUAGUGACUUCUCAGACUAUCGGAGGCUUCAGAGAGAGGCUGACUUCUAUGGACUCUUUUCUGUGGCUGAACUUCUAGGUCAAGAAAAUUUGUUGAAGCCAAAGCCAGAGAUCUUGGAAAUAAGAUUUUUGCUCCAGGAAACACAGGCUUUUUUCCGGGUGUUUGGCUCCUGCAGCAUCACUGUUGGUGAACUGGCUGGACGGAUCACUGUUUUUGCAGAACAGCUUGUGGGAACAACCUGGGAAAAUCAUAAUAAACCUUCUCAGAAGUCACUGGUUCCCCUUUCUUUGGAAAGGCCUUCCCAUCAUGAUCUUCUUUUCCAGUGUGGUACUGAUCAGCUUGUGGCAAGGUAUGUUUCCAUAAAACCUGAUCAGAGGAAACUGUUCAGUGGUGUUAAUGUUCUAGGCUUGUUGGUUGACAUAUUUUUCAAAGAAGGAUUUCAUUUAGUAAGCACCAGGACAGUCUCACCUGAAGAAAAAAUAGAAUGUUAUUGUUUUGAAAGAAUGAGACAGCCAGAUACUUUUACCAUUAGUACGAGCCUAACACAGCGAGGCACUACUAUACCACAAACAAAGCCAACCCAGAGCCAUAAAAAGAAAUGAUCUAUUAUAUAUUACAAAUGAUUGCAUGAGGUAUACAAGCAGCAUCUGUAAUGCAAUAGAAGAGCACACCAUGCUGUCGCCAGCUUGCUUCUUUUAUUGGACUUGUGUUAUUUACUUUAUUUAUUACCUUUUUAUACUGCCCAAUAGCCUGCAGGCUCUCUUGUGUUAGUGAAAUAAGAAAAUUAUCAGUUCAUUGAUUCAUAUCAACUGGGAAUACAAAUAUAAAAAUUAUAUCCAUUGGAAAUUUAGUUUUCUGCCUGUUAUUUUUAUUUGCUUUUACCACAUGCUAUUGAACCUAUUAUCCAUUGUAUGACUUUUUGAUCAGAAACAUGUGCAGUAAGACCUUUCAUUUACAAGUUUGAUAUUUAGCACUCCUCCUGUUGCAUGGUGUCAAUCUACUUUAAUGUCUGACACUUGACUCACUGUCCCAUCACUGUUUCUCCUUCAUUCUUUAUUUUCCCCAAACUACUUUUAUCACAGUUUUUCAGUGCUUGUGGAUUCAGUGUGUUACAAAGAUGUGUGCUCUUUUGCGUUUCUUUUAUACAAAGGAACUCUUUAUACAAGGGUUAUUGUUCAGAUUGUCUAGUAGUCCUAUUACUCUUCCUGGUGAUAGUGAUUUUAAAGCUGUAGAACUUGGAUCUGAUAGGGACUUGAGUUGUUUGCAACAUUGCCCCCAGCCUUUCCCCUCCACGCUAGGGCCCAUCCUAUGGCGGCUUUACCUGUAGCUUGCUACAUAAUAUAACAACAAAACUGCAUGCUAGCUGGAGCUCACUUAUUUGGGAGCUGCAGUGAUACCAAAUCAUACCCAAAUUUUGUAUAAUUUCCUUUGUGAAAUACUCAAGAGGGAGAAAUGAAAUGAAAGAGAAUGAAAAGCAGUGCAAAAAAUUCACUUUAGGAUUUCCUGCUGAAAGUGUUUGCUGCCCAUUAAGUUAAUGACCUUCUAACAAGUAUUAU